AUGUACAUCACUCUCUACUACCUCGUCACCCGGCUCCCUGACUCACUUCGCUCGGUAAGGGACCACUUCUUCUCCCUUUGCCCCACCACCCUCACCGUUGACCUCCUCGAGGAGCGCCUCCUUGCAGCUGAGAAGACUAUAGUCGCUGUAGGAGCCUCUCGUGGCGACCCUCGUGCCAUUUUCUUUGAGGGGUGCUCCCCUAUUCCCCUGUUGCCUUCUGUUGCCUCUGCUGCUACUGUCAACCUCGUUGGCACUGAGUCGGUCGGCGCUGCAUCUGCUCCUAGUAGGAGGCACCGCAGCGGCAGGAGCAAGGGGGGCAAGGGUGCUGGAGGAGACCGCCAGCAGCAGCAGCGUUCUCGUGAGACCCUAUCGCCCCAGCAGCUUCGUGAGUGGUACGCGGGGCGUGGGAGGUCUGGGGGUGCUAGUCCCUGCGCUUACGUUCUCCGAACCGGCGAGCGCAGUGGGGAGACAUGUGGAGGGCCGCACGCCACGCAGCACUGUUUUGGCCGCUUGACUGACGCCUGGCUUGCACAGUUUCUUGACUCUACUGAGAUCCCACGGUGGGGUGAUCUGCUUAAGUCGGGGGUUGCUAUCUUUGAUCUUGAUUAUGAUGCUAUCCUUGCUGCUAUGUAUGCUGUGUCUAUUAAUGCUGAGGAAGACUUUUACCUGUGUGUUCCGCCCGACCCAGGCAUUGAGGCUGCUGCUCUAGGUGCUAGUGAGUCUGCUGCUCCAGGUGUUGGUGAGUCUGCUGCCCCAGGUGCUGGUGAGUCUGCUCUCUCAGGUACUACGCCUGCGGUAAAUUCACUGGUACUCGGAGACGUUGCAUCCGCCGAGCUAGGUAUAGAGUUAGCGGGAGGAUCGGAACCUUGA